CCCCGGUACCCCUUUCUAAACUUAACCAGCCGAGGGUGAGAGUGAGAGCUGCGGGUAGGCUGGGCUACUGCGGCGCAGUGAGGCGGCAUGGCGAGGCGCAAAGGAAAGGGCAGCAACAAACAGGACGACGCGCUCUUACUGCUGGAGCCUCCGGCCGGACAGACGCGUGGACUCAACGAAUAUGUCCUCCCAAGUGCUUUGUUUCUCAUCAUCCUUAUUGGGGGGUUGGCACUGGCCUGGUUCUGUAGUCAGCAGCAGCAGGCCAUUGAUGACCUGUCCGAAACCCUCACGACCAUCCAGACAAGAGUCGCCAAGUUACAGCAGCAGCUCGGGACUGGAAGCGCUCAGCUUGCCAGCGUAGGAGGUUUUGAGGAACGUCUGCUGGCUCUGGAAGAAGCCUACACCAAGGCCCAGAGACAGGCUGAAGUAGCCCUGGCCGCUUCUGAACAAAUCAAGUCCAAAGACCUUCAGAGCAAAGUAUGGGCUCUGCAGACUGAGAUGAACACCAAAUCAGCCGAGCUCCAGCAGAAUACCAUCUCCAUCGCGUCUCUGAAUGCCAUCGUCAAGAACAAGAGUGAUGAGUUUGAGGCUGUGAAGCAGAGUGUCAGCACCAUCAUGAGUGCUAAUUCAGAGCUAGUUGUUAGCAUUUCUGGCCUCACCAAUACACUUUCGGUCACAGAGUCACGUCUGGAUGAGCACAUCUCUGUUGUUGAUGGUCUGAUGUCUCAGCUGGAGGGCCAAAAGAAGGAAAUUACUGAAAUGAAGGAGUCAUUCACAAGCAACCAGGAAGCCCUGGCUAUGAACUCACAGGAUUUGAUUAAUAUCAAAGAGCUGCUGGAAGUGGAGCAAAUUAAAACGGCUCAAGCAGUAGAGGACAAGCUGAAGUCUCUGUACAGGAGUCUGGAGGACCAUCAGACCAGCACAGAGAGCCUUCAUACCCACCUCACUGCCCAGCUAGAGGCCGUACAGACCCAGGUGCAGGACUUAAAAGAGAAAGUAUCUUUUGUGCCUGGAUCUCAGGAAGAGGAGGGUCAGGCUGAGGAACAGGAAGACACUGCUGAUAGCAAAGAGCAAGAAACCAAGGAACAUACAGAAGAAGAGUCUACAGAGGAACAAGGAGCCGGUGAAGACGAAGUUGCUGAGGAACAAAGAGGAAGAGAAAAGAAAGGAGAUGCUGAGGAGCAUAGAGUCCAUGAGAAGAAAAAAAGGACUGCAGAGCAAAAAGCAAAAGAGGAGGAAGCAGUUUCUGAGGGAAAAGAAGCAAGAGAAAUGGAACAAGUAAUUGAGGAACAAGGAGAAACAGCAAAGAAAGAACUUGUUGAGGAACCAGAAACAAGACAGCAGGAAGAAUUAUCUGAGGAACAAGGAACAGCAGAAGAAGUAACUGAAGAACAUGUAGCAGGAGAGGAGGACAUAUCUGCUGAAGAAGCAGAAGCAGGAGAGCAUGAGGAGUUACCAGAGGAGGAAGGAAUAACAGCAGAAGAAGUAGUUCCUGAGGAACACCGAGCUCUUCCAGAGGAAGUUGAAAUAAGCAAGCGACAAGUAAAGAAGCAUGUAGCAAAGAAGAUUCAGACUUCAGAAGAAUCAGAGACCACCACAAAUCAAACAGAGGAGACAGACUUGGACAAAGCAGAAGAUAAGCAAACCAAAGAGACUGUUGAGACAGAAGAUAUCCAGAUUCCUUUAGCGGAGGCCACAAAAGAGGAGAGCAUUGAGGAGGAGCAAAUAGAGGGGCCCGUUGCGGAGGAAAUUCAGACUCUUCCAGAGGAGAUUGAUCUAGAUGUGAAAGAAGACAAGGAGACUUUUGCUGAGGAGCAACAAGAGGAGAACUUUGUGGUGGAGAGCCAGACACUUUCAAAUGACGAGGAGAAUGGCACUGAUGAGCAAGAAUCAGAGGCAGAUACUUCAGAUUCAGACGGUGCCACAAAUGAGACAGAGGAGAGUGUUGUAGGAGCCUCAGAAGAGCAGGAGCGAGAUGAAUCUCAGGCUGAAACUGAGCAUCAGCUAGCAGAGGAGCUUCCAGAAGAGUCUGCUGAAGAAUAGGCUGUUUCUAAAUAAGUAGAAAAAGCAAGGACUUUUCAAGAGGAGACGGUGGACGCUCAAGAUGUUAUAUCAGAUUUCUCAGCUCUUUUAAGAAGGGCUGUGAUGCUUUUUGUGCGACUUUUUGCAUGAACAUGGUUUUCACUAAAAGGCUUUUGAUAAAACAUGAGAUUUAUUACUUGAGAUUUAUUUUGCAAUUUUUUAGUCUUAUCUCCUUUUUUGGAUUGAAAAUCCACAAUAAAUGGAAGUGUCCAUGGUGUACUGUGGACAUGGGGCAGUACUGAAUUCCAGUUGUCUCUCUAACAUGAGAAAAUGCUAUUUGUUUUGUCACGGAAGGUGUCUGACAUUACUGCAUUUUUAAAACAGUUUUCAGUUCAGAUGUUCUUUCCUUAUUUACACUAGCCUUUUUAAAUAAACCAGUUUCUACAUUUUAUACCACUUA